AUGGAAGUGCCCAAGACCAGCGACACGGCGAAGCAGGGAAAAUCCAUCACCCCGGAAGUCACAUGGGCACAGCGCUCCUCCGCCUCCGAUGCAGAGAAGAACCACUGUUUCCUGACCAUCUCCGUGCCUGAUGUCGACCCCAAGAAAAUCACCCUCGACCUCAAACCCGAUAGCCUGACAUUCAAGGGCUACUCCAACAGCAAAAAGGCCGAGUACGCAUUAGAAUUGACCUUCUUCAAGGAGAUCGACCCGUCCAAGUCGAAGAUCAACCAUACACCCAGGGAUGUGGAGCUGGUGCUGCAGAAGAAGGAGUUGGGUGAGGAGUACUGGCCACGGUUGUUGAAGGAUAAGGCGAAGGUGCAUUUCUUGAAGACGGACUUUGAUAAGUGGGUUGAUGAGGACGAGCAGGACGCAGUAGGCGAGGACGACGACUACAUGUCCAAGAUGGGCGGCAUGGGCGGCGCAGGCGGAAUGGGUGGCGACGGUGGCUUUGGUGGCAUCGACUUCAGCAAGCUCGGCGGUGGUGCGGGUAUGGGUGGCAUGCCUGGUAUGGGCGGUAUGGGCGAUAUGGACGAGGAUGACGACGAUGCUGAGGAGGACGAGGACGAUGAUGAGAUGCCGCCGCUCGAAGGCGAGGGCGAUGCGGCCGAGGGCGCUGCCACCUCAGCUGGCUCGAGUGGCAAGGCUAAGAUCGAGGAAGUUGAGUAA